GGCUUGUGUGCGGUGCAGUCAGGUGCGGUGUACUGUAUGCGGUACUGCUGUGAACGACUCGAUUUCACACGAGAGCCUGCUCGCCGGUGGAUCUUAAAUGUGUUAGUAUGGAUCAGAAUCAAACGAUCGGAAUGGACAUGGACCAGUUCUGCGGUACCAAGUUCUGGGAUGCUAAUUUAACAUGGUACACGAACGACCCAGAUCUAACAGAAUGCUUCCAAAAGACGAUAUUAGUAUGGGUACCAUGUAUAUUUUUAUGGACGUUUUCAGCGAUGGAAGCGUAUUACCUUUUAAAUAGCAAAAGAAGAAACGUCCCAUACACGUGGUUAUUUAUUUCUAAGCAAGUACUUACAGUAGGAUUAAUUUUACUUUCCAUAGUUGACUUAGGAGUGGCGAUACAUGAAAGUACUUUUCGUAUGGUCUACAGUGUUGAUUAUUACACACCUAUAGUAAAAAUUGUUAGCUUUAUGUUAGCAUCGACUUUGAUGCAAUAUAAUAGAAAACAUGGAAUGAGGACGUCAGGUCUUUUAUUCCUAUUUUGGUUUUUCCUUGCGAUAUGCGGAUGCGUCCAAUAUAGAAGCUUUGUAAACAAAUUUAUUAAAGGGGCAGAGCCAACAUAUUCACUGGUGUCUUACAUGAUCUACUAUCCAAUAGUAGUGAUAUUGUUUGUACUUAAUUUUUUGGUUGAUGCAGAGCCUAAAUUUUCCGAAUAUCCUACGGUCGAAUCGCCAUGUCCAGAGCAAAGCUCCUCUUUUCCUUCGAGAAUUAUUUUCGCGUGGUUUGAUUCGUUAGCAUGGAAAGGUUUCCGAAAACCGCUCGAAACGUCCGAUCUGUGGUCCAUGAAUCCAGAGGACAUGGCUACGGAGAUUGUGCCAAAAUUUGACAAAUAUUGGAACAAGAACUUGAGAAAGACAGACGAAGUAGAAAGUGUAAAAGCGUCAUAUCGACAAACGUCUGGACAAGUGGACUUUAACAGUAGUCGGAAAAAGAAAAUUGCCUCUAUUUUACCACCUAUCUGCAAAGCUUUCGGAGCAACAUUCAUGUUUGGUGCAUUUUUAAAACUGAUUCAAGAUAUUAUGACUUUUAUUAGUCCACAAAUAUUGAAGCUUCUGAUUGGUUUUAUCGAAGGAGAUGAGCCAAUGUGGAAAGGAUACUUGUAUUCCAUCCUACUUUUACUUACGGCAAUGCUUCAGACGCUAGUACUGUCCCAAUAUUUUCACCGUAUGUUCUUGGUCGGCCUGCGCAUACGAACCGCGUUGAUCGCGGCAAUCUAUCGUAAAGCAUUGAGAAUGUCGAACGCAGCGAGGAAAGAGACGACACUUGGCGAGAUAGUGAAUUUGAUGUCUGUAGACGCUCAAAGAUUUAUGGAUCUAACUGCAUACGUAAACAUGAUCUGGUCGGCACCCCUGCAAAUAGUUCUAGCUUUAUAUUUUCUCUGGAACAUACUGGGGCCGGCUGUACUCGCUGGUUUAGCAGUUAUGAUCAUUCUUAUUCCUGUGAACGCAUUAAUUGCCAACAAAGUGAAGACGUUACAAAUCAGACAGAUGAAGAGCAAGGACGAGAGGGUAAAGUUAAUGAACGAAGUACUUAACGGUAUCAAAGUGUUGAAGCUCUAUGCGUGGGAACCUUCGUUCGAGCAGCAGAUACUUAAAAUCAGAGUCAAAGAAAUUCAAGUAUUAAAAGAAGCAGCAUAUUUGAACGCUGGUACGAGCUUUAUAUGGUCGUGCGCGCCCUUUUUGGUAUCUUUGGUAUCUUUUACAACUUACGUACUUAUAGACGAAAAGAACGUCCUAAAUAGUACAAUUGCCUUCGUUUCACUCAGUUUGUUCAACAUCCUAAGAUUUCCACUGUCUAUGCUGCCUAUGAUGAUUACUAAUAUAGUUCAAGCUUACGUCUCUGUAAAACGUAUUAAUAAAUUUAUGAACAUGGAAGAACUAGAUCCUAACAAUGUACAGCAUGAUCCAUCGGAACCGCACGCGUUAGUAAUUGAGAACGGUACCUUUUGUUGGGAUAAUGAAGAAAUUGAGAGACCAAUACUACGAAAUAUCAAUUUCCAUGUAGAACAAGGUCAAUUAGUAGCAAUAGUUGGUACAGUGGGAUCAGGCAAGAGUUCUCUUCUAUCCGCUUUGCUUGGCGAGAUGGAUAAAAUAAGCGGAAAAGUAAAUACAAAAGGGUCAAUUGCAUAUGUCUCGCAGCAAGCGUGGAUACAAAACGCUACGUUGCAGGACAAUGUUCUGUUCGGAAAGGCCUUGAACAAAUCAGUGUAUAAUAGUGUGAUUGAAGCGUGUGCAUUGACUCCGGACUUUAAGAUGCUGCCCGCAGGAGAUCAAACAGAGAUCGGGGAGAAAGGCAUAAAUUUGUCCGGCGGUCAAAAGCAAAGAGUAGCCUUAGCUAGAGCUGUAUAUAACGAUUCCGAAAACUAUUUCUUAGACGAUCCUCUGAGCGCGGUGGAUUCGCACGUAGGAAAACACAUUUUUGAGAAAGUGUUAGGUCCGAACGGCCUGUUGAAGAAUAAAACUAGAGUACUCGUUACUCAUAGUAUCACGUACCUGCCGGAGGUUGACAACAUUAUUGUUCUUAAAGACGGUGAAAUAACGGAGAGUGGAACCUACAAACAAUUGCUAGAGAAAAAGGGUGCUUUCGCCGAAUUCUUAGUUCAACACUUACAAGAAGUGCACGUUGAUGACGGUUCUGAAGCAGAUUUGCGUGAAAUUAAACAGCAGCUUGAAUCAACAAUGGGAGCGGACGAGUUGCAACAAAAGUUAACUCGAGUACGGUCUAGAAUAUCUGAGAGUCUAAGUGAAUCCGGUUCUGUGACUGAUAGAAAAUCACUCAACGGUUCUCUAACAAGGCAAUACUCGACAGAAAGUCAACAGUCAGCGAAUUACAUGCAUAGCAAUAGUGUUAGUGUAUCAAAAGAGAAAGAUGCACCGAAGCCUAACAACGUCGGGGAGAAACUGACAGAAAUCGAAAAGACCGAAACUGGAAGUGUAAAAUGGAAAGUGUACUCUCACUACUUAAAAUCCAUUGGAUGGUUCCUAUCGAUAUCGACAAUCGUGAUGAACGCGGUCUUUCAAUCGUUCAGCAUCGGCUCGAGCGUUUGGCUCAGUAUAUGGUCGAACGAUAAUCAGACUGUUGGGAACAACACGUUUGAUACGGCAAAGCGAGAUAUGUAUCUCGGGGUUUACGGUGCGCUCGGUUUUGGUCAAGCCACUUUUGUAGUGCUGUCGCAGACAGCGUUGGUUAUCGGCUGCCUACGGAGCAGUAAACUGCUGCAUUCCGAGUUAUUAUUCACCAUGCUACGAUCACCUUUAGGAUUCUUUGACACUACGCCGUCCGGCAGAAUAUUAAACCGUUUUGGGAAGGAUAUUGAUACAAUAGACAACAUUUUACCUCCAAGUAUUAGGGCUUGGUUGUUUUGUCUAGCAUCGUUGAUUACGAUCGUUGUAGGCGUGACAGUAUUCGCAAUGACGAUAUUCCUGGCUAAAGGGACGGUAAUCGCUUCUAAGCGUAUCUUCGAGGGUACGCUGCAACACGUUCUUCACAACCCAAUGUCAUUCUUUGACAGAACUCCGACUGGCCGAAUUCUUAGUCGGCUUGGUAAAGAUAUUGAUAUUAUUGACAAUAUCCUACCGGUUUAUCUGCCGGUGGCGAGCUUUUUCUGCGAUUUGGCACCGCAGCUGGGCUGUUGGUUGGCUGCUCGCCAGAUGCACAUAGUGAUGCUGCGUGCUGUGAUGCGUGCCCCAUUGACCUUCUUUGAUACGACUCCUAUUGGUCGUAUUAUCUCCAGGUUUGCUAAAGACGUGGACGUUCUGGAUACAUCUCUUCCCCCACAAAUUUCUGAUACCAUCUAUUGCUUGUUUGAGGUAAUAGCCACUCUCUUUGUUAUAAGCUACAGUACACCUAUAUUUGUCGUGGUGAUACUGCCAAUAGGCGCGAUUUAUUAUUUUAUUCAACGUUUUUACGUUGCAACAUCGCGUCAAUUAAAACGAUUAGAAUCCGUGUCGAGAUCUCCUAUAUAUUCGCAUUUUAGUGAAUCGGUGACUGGUGCGCAAAUAAUUAGAGCGUAUGGCGUGCAAGAACAAUUUAUCCAUGAAUCUGAAAAUAGAGUAGAUUUUAAUCAAGUAUGCUAUUUUCCUAGCAUUAUUGCAAAUAGAUGGUUGGCCGUAAGAUUGGAGAUGGUUGGAAACUUAAUUAUAUUCUUCGCAGCUUUGUUCGCUGUUUUAGGUAGAGAUACCAUGAGUUCAGGUCUCGUUGGUCUAUCGGUCAGCUAUGCCUUACAAAUCACUCAGACUUUAAAUUGGUUGGUGCGCAUGACGUCCGAUGUCGAGACUAAUAUCGUCGCAGUUGAGAGAAUAAAGGAGUAUAGUGAGACCGCGCAAGAAGCACCGUGGAAGAAUACUGAAUUUACGCCUUCGAAAGAGUGGCCUAAGCACGGUCGCGUUGACUUUAAGGACUUCAAAGUUCGCUAUAGGGAGGGAUUGGAUCUCGUGCUAAACGGAUUGACAUUCAGCGUUCUCGGCGGCGAGAAGAUCGGCAUAGUAGGCAGAACCGGUGCCGGAAAGUCGUCCAUGACAUUGGCACUUUUCAGAAUAAUUGAGGCGGCACAGGGGAAGAUUUUUAUCGAUGAUAUUGAUAUUUCUAAGCUGGGCCUUCACGAUCUGCGUUCGAGAUUGACCAUCAUUCCUCAGGAUCCUGUAUUGUUUUCCGGAACACUAAGAAUGAAUUUGGAUCCUUUCGAUUGCUACAACGACGAGGAAGUUUGGAAAGCGUUGGAGCACGCUCAUCUGAAAUCAUUUGUAGAAAACUUGCCAAACGGUCUUUUACACGAGGUUACUGAAGGCGGAGAGAAUUUAAGCGUAGGACAACGACAAUUGAUCUGUUUAGCAAGAGCAUUACUUAGGAAAACAAAAGUUCUUAUAUUGGACGAGGCAACAGCCGCAGUUGAUUUAGAAACGGACGAUUUAAUUCAGACUACCAUUCGUCAAGAAUUUAAGAAUUGUACAGUUCUCACAAUAGCCCACAGGCUCAAUACUAUUUUAGAUUCUGACAGGGUAAUUGUAUUGGACAAAGGUCUGAUCGUCGAAUAUGAUUCUCCGGAAGUGCUUCUUAGCAAUCCAUCUAGCUCUUUCUACAGUAUGGCUAAGGACGCAGGUCUAGCUGCUUAAAAAAAAAAAAUGACUUCAUAUCACAAAUCAUUUUUUUUAGCGGCUGUACAUUAUUCGUAAGCCAAUGUCGAAGUAAACGACACAAAGAAAGCCAUAGAACAAAAAAAAAACGCAUAGCCUCAGCAUAGAUUAAUUUGUAUAGUGAAACAUUUCUACGCAAAAAAAGCGAGAACGUUUAAUGUAACCGACGGUGCAAAAACUCUUGUCUCAGCAUUGUUGUUGCCAGAUUUUAUCCAAUGACUUUCCAAUUGUACCGUCGAUUACCGUAUUUCAUAUAUUCUAGAAUAAGUUUUGUAGUGAGGUCUUUCAUCACGAAGCAAGCAAUGCGACACAGUUUUAAACUAGCGUCGAUAUCCAAUAUCUAACUUUAACUGGGUAAUCGGGUGGAUUCCUAUCUGAUCAAUAUGUUGUAAUAAAUAAAUUAUUUUUUUCG